CCGCGCCGGGAUCGUGCUGCCGGUGCCGCCAUGAACGCCCGCGGGCUGAGCACGGAGAAGGCCGUCGCCUUCACUCGGCGGCUGCGGGCCGAGCCGCAGUUCCUGCUGGCCCAGAACGUGGCGACAUGCAACGACCCGCUGGAGGUGUGCCUGCAGCGGCAGGUGGUGCAGGACACGGUGCAGGUGUUCCAGCACGCCGUGCCCGCCGAGGGCAAGCCCGUCACCAACCAGAAGAACUCCGGGAGAUGCUGGAUCUUUUCCUGCCUCAACGCAAUGCGUCUUCCUUUCAUGAAGAAAUACAACAUUGAAGAGUUUGAGUUCAGCCAGUCCUAUCUCUUUUUCUGGGAUAAGGUUGAACGUUGUUACUACUUUUUAAAUGCCUUUGUGGAAACAGCUCAGAAAAAGGAGCCAGUGGAAGGGAGACUGGUGCAAUUCCUGCUCUCCAACCCCACGAAUGAUGGUGGACAGUGGGAUAUGCUGGUUAACAUUAUUGAGAAGUAUGGUGUUGUCCCCAAGAAAUACUUCCCAGAGUCUCACACCACAGAGGCUACCAGAAGGAUGAACGAGAUCCUGAAUCAUAAGAUGAGAGAAUACUGCUUGAGGCUAAGAAAUAUGGUGGAAAGUGGAGGAAACAAAGGAGAACUUUGUGCUGCCAUGGACAUGAUGAUAGAAGAGGUAUUCAGAAUAGUGAGCACUUGCCUGGGCAGCCCUCCGGAGACUUUCUGCUGGGAGUUCCGGGAUAAGGAGAAGAAUUACCACAAGUACGGCCCCAUGACCCCGGUGCAGUUCUACAACGAGCACGUGAAGCCUUACUUCAACAUGGAGGACAAGAUUUGUCUAGUGAAUGAUCCUCGACCCCAGAAUCCCUACAACAGGCUCUACACAGUGGAAUACCUGGGCAACAUGGCUGGAGGGAGGAAAACUCUCUACAACAACCAGCCUGUGGAGGUCCUGAAGAAAUUGGCUGCAGCAUCUAUUAAGGAUGGCGAGGCUGUGUGGUUUGGCUGUGAUGUGGCAAAGCACUUCUAUGGCAAGCUGGGAAUCAAUGACCUGAAUAUAUUUAAUCAUGAGCUGGUGUUUGGUGUCUCCAUCAAGAACAUGAACAAAGCAGAACGAUUGAUCUUUGGAGAAUCCCUGAUGACCCACGCCAUGGUCCUGACAGCUGUCACUGAGAAGGAUGGGCAAGAAGAUGCUUUUGAAAAAUGGAGAGUGGAGAACUCCUGGGGUGAAGACCGUGGCAAUAAAGGUUACCUGAUCAUGACCGAUGACUGGUUCUCCGAGUACGUGUACGAGGUGGUGGUGGACAAGAAGCACGUGCCCGAGGAGAUCCUAGCCGUGAUGCAGCAGGAGCCCAUUGUUCUGCCAGCCUGGGACCCCAUGGGGGCUUUGGCCAAGUGAAGCACGGAGCAUUUGCCUCCUCAUGGCCAUCAGAAGUAGCUGCAAUAGAGAAUUCCAGUGGUCGGAAGCCAUAGCCAAACGAUAACGAGACCGAGCCCUCGGCCUGGUCCCUAUUCCUGUAUUGUAAGUUAAGGAUCCUUGGGAAAUAGCGCCUCACUGAUCCAAGCCCUCAGACAGGCUGCUCCAAAACUCAAAAGGGAAAAGGAAAAAAAACUCACAAUGAAAGCAGAUGAUAAGUGCUGUCAAUGGCAGUUUGAUUUUACCUUAAACUUUUAAUGCAAAUCAGCAUAGUAAUGUAGUAGAAUUCUCUUGACCCAUGUUUUCCCUAG